CGCCGAAACGGACCGCUCGGUCUUAGCUUCAAAUGUCGACGUACAAACAAAACGAUGCGACCCUAACCUGCUUCUAAGAGCUACAUAUCGCGGCCAGAACAUCCACUCGAUAUCUCGUGAGGAAGUGCAAGAAAGUGUAUAUGUCCACGAUGGACGAGGUGGUGGAGUUGCAAGAUAUGGAAAACGUGUGCAGGCUCUGUUUAUCCACCGACGAGCCAAAAUUGUCGGUGUUCGAAACGGAAGACUCUCUGUUGUCGAUGGCUAGCAAGAUACAAGCUUGCCUAUCGAUUCAGAUUUCAACGACAGACAAAUUGUCAACACAGAUAUGCGCACAAUGUGUUAAAAAUGUAAAUCAAUGGCACAGUUACAAAGAAACCUGUUUAAGUUCACAAGAGAAGUUGCAUCAAUGGCUGGAACGGCAGCAUAUGCAACAAAGUCCUAUGGUUGUAACCAUCAAGGAUGAACCUGUUGAUCUGGACUUUUAUGAAGACAACAUCGAAAUCAUUUCUGAAUCUACCACUGAUUCAAAUUUGGAAGUCACUAAUCUUGAAGAGAAUACGAAUCACUUAGAAGAUAGUGCUCAGAAAGUAACUGAUGGUGAUGAAGUAGCUGUAGAUGAAGAUCAACCAGUCUUGAUGAAAGACGUAAAUAUUUCUAUAAAACCUGAACUACAAGAUGAUUAUGAUACUGAUUGUACUAUAGAAAUAGAAUCGGUUACUGGUAAUGAACUUGUCGCAAAUCCUCUUGCAAGCUCAGAGGAGAGAAUCAUGGAAGCUGAUUCCACUCAGAAAUCCAAUGCAUCUGCCUCAGCAAACAAGAAAAAAGCCAGAAGAGGUCCUCAUACUCACUUUAGGGGUGCACGUAUUUUUAAACAGAAGUGUGUACAUUGUCAAAUUAAUUUGCAUUCUAAGCAUUCUUAUGCAAAGCAUAUGCAAAGAUUUCACACUGACAAACAGAAUGGCAGUGUCAAUAAACCGGAAUUAAAAGAUGAGGAAGAGCUUGUCGAAGAUCUGGAGGAUGAAUUAAUGAGUAUGGAAAAGGAUGCUCCGUUAACACAAGUGCAGCAAAAUAUUAUUGGACAAUUGAAGACAUUUUCAUGCUACUCCUGUCAACAAAGCUUCAGCGAUCGCAGAAGCACGCUUUUCCAUAUUCGUCAGCAUAUGCCCGACUUGAGACCACACACGUGUAUCGCGUGUUUGACAGAGUUCCCAGAUCGAUCAAUGUAUAAGUUACAUUGCGGAGCGUCGUUUGAAUGUGCAAUGAAAAUCGCCCUUGUUGUACCGAAACAAGGCGAAGAAAAAUACUUCACGUGUAAUAUGUGUUUACGUCCUAUGCAAAACAGGAAACAAUUGCUUAGCCAUUUGUCAAAACAUUCGGAUAAACAGUACGAACAACUGGUAUCCCCGACACGAUUUCCUCCUAAAUUGAAACCAGUGACUCCUCUUCCACCCUUGAAGCAAGAAUCACGAAAAAGAGCGUCCGAAGAAAAUUAUACUUUAAACAUACCCAAUCCUUAUAAAAAUGGCGAUCCUGCGCAUAAUCAUAUAUGUGACUUGUGUGGUAUGAUUUACAGAUAUAAGCCAAAUAUGCUGAGGCACAGGGAUUUAUGUCUACGUUUGUCAUCAGAUGUUAGGACAUCCUACAGAUGUGUUCACUGUGGCAUGACAUAUCUGGUAUUCAAAAAAUUCCAUUCUCAUAUUACACAGGAGCAUAAAAAGAAAGAUCUCAUAUGUUCUGAAUGUGGCAGCAAAUUCAAAUCUCCUAGUAAUUAUUUGGAACAUCGCGAGGGACAUCGUAUCAAUCGUGCGAAAAAACACUCUCUUGAUCCGAAAAGCGAUUUAACGAAGAUCCCGCAGAACAUUUCAAAUAAAGACUGGGACACAUUUGAGGCUGAAGUAAAUGCUAAAAAACUGUCCGACAGUAAUCAGUACAGCUGUGCUCUCUGCAAUUUGGAAUUUACUACCAGAGCCGAGUUAACAGAACACAGAAAUCUACAUCUAAAAGUGAAGAUUUAUUCUUGCGUCAUCUGUCGUAGCAUGUUCAGCAGCGCAGGUGCUUUGGAAAUUCACAUGAAGGAUCAUGGCAUAGAAGAUCCGAAUGAAAGAAAUGCAAACAGCUCCUGCUUAGAGUAUGGUACGGUGGAAGAAGAAUCAAAAGAUUCAAACUCAAUGAACGUAAGUGCCACUUCGGAUCCUGGUGAUAAGAAAAACGAGUGUAAUACGUGUGGCAAAAUAUUCUCAAAUAGCGCAAAUCUUAAAAGACAUAUAAGAAAUCUCCACAACGUUACCAGAGGCCACCUCAGCUGUUCCUACUGUUGGCGAACAUUCAAGAGCAAAGAAACACACGACCGGCACGUUACAAUCGAUCAUCUAAAAUCCUCAAAAUCCAUGCUUCGAUGUUCUCGAUGUCCAAAGACUUUCUUCUUCCAAGCCAAUCUGAAUCUUCAUUUUGAGACUACGCAUGCCGAGAAAUCAUUUCCAGUUGGCCACAAAUGCGAUAUUUGCGGUAAAACUUUCAUGGAAGAAACAUCUCUGAAAAUACACAGGAGCUGGCACAAUCGAGCAAACUCUAGACUGAGCUUGUACUUCAUGAAGAAAGAAGAUCCAAAACAGGAGGAACCUUUGAAUUCUAAUACAACCCGGCCAGCGAGAGCGCGAAAAUCUUACCCGAAUUCACCUUCAACAAAACCUAAUGGUAAUUUCCAAUGUCAAGUCUGCAGCGAAAAGUUCAAUGAUGUAACAGAACUGAGGACACACUUAUGGGACGUACACUGUGCACGCAGCAAAAAUGAGAAAAAUUUCCCUGAUGGCGAGUUCAAUUGUGAACUUUGCAUGAAUGUUUUCCCAGAUAAGGAAACGUUGGAUAUGCAUUUGCAAUGGCAUAAAGCUCAACCAAUUCUCAACGAUAUAACAAAAUCUGAUUACACGUGUGACAUUUGUGGGAAAUCAUACAGCUCGAAGAAGAUACUGUCCAGACACAAGAAGCUUCACAAAUCCACAAUUGCAGCUGCUGCGAAGUUGCAAUCAGCUGGCAAAAACUUAGCUAGCAGUCAAGCUUCAUGCACCGUUUGUCACAAGGUGUUUAACAAUAAUCGCUUGCUCCAGUGUCAUAGACUGAACGUGCAUUCAAACAUAUUCAACCAACAAUCUCAACAGGUACAAAACAACAAAAGAAGAUCAUCUCAGGAAGAGCCAAGAGCUAAAAGAAUAAAAUUAGAGCAAGAGGACAGGCAAACACCUUCUGCCAUGGAUGCUAUGAGCGCGGGAAAAAAAUCCGUCAUGUGCCACGUUUGUAGGAAAUUCUUCGCAAACAUGAGCGUGCUUUAUAAGCACAAACAGUUGGUACACAAAACUCAUGCGAAUCUGGUAAAAAAUUUCUCUAAAUCAUACCAAAUGGAAUGCAUACCGUUGCCCAGCAACGAUGGCAAAGUCUCUUGUAACGUUUGUUACAAAAAAUUCCCUGGCGUGUCGAAUUUGCGUCAGCACUUUACUGUAAAACACAAGAAUGCCCCUGUCAAGUAUGCUUGUACUGUAGAUGGAUGCAAACUCACAUUUCCUACACCGAUGAUCCUAAAGAACCACGAAAUGUCGCACACCAGCAUCAUCUUCAGUUGCAACUUAUGUAACAGGCAUGUGUUCAACAGGCCUGCGAUGUCGAAUCACAUACUGACGGUACACAACAUCGUCUACAACGCUGAGAACAGCAAAAACUUCCACAGAGAGCUGGAUUUGGGCAAAUACGUGGUAGAGGGUGCAGUAGAUGCUACCUGUCCUCAAUGCAAGAUCAAGUAUCCCAACAACAGGGCUAUGAAGAUUCACUACUUCAAGUAUCACGAGAACCCAAACGAAUAGAACCGUACAUAUUUAUCUAUCCAAAGCAGAGAUUUCAACGAAAUGUAUUAACUGUUUAAAACGCGAAUUGAAUGACGUACGAGUACUUGGUCCUACUGGCAGAGAAUCUCUUCAGAGAAUACUGCCUUAUAUGCAUUUUUUUCUUUUUUUUUUUUUUCCAUAUCAGAUUAUCCAGUUAUAAUAAUUGAACGGUCGUCGAAUGUCUAGCAAUAGCGUUUCUUUCGUUUCAGCACGAAUGAUUAAAAUACACAUUGGUCGAUUUUGUUUUUCUUUGGCUGCUGCAAGAAUUGGUUUGCUCGCUAUUUCAGUAUCAGGAAUACCAGAUUCGAUACAAUAUUCUGUAAAUAGGAACCUUUUGUUAUAGAAGAAUUAAGAUACUAUAUGGAGGAAAAAGUGAGUCUAUGUAUUUCUUCGUUCGAUGUUUUUACCUGAGUUACAGUCUUCCAGGAAUGAUUGUUCCUGAUGUCAAUUUUUUCGUGCUUGAGGUUGAUCAUUCAAAAAAAUAUAGCGCUUAUUGACGUGCUUGAGGUUGAUUAUUCAAAAAAAUAUAGCGCUUAUUACAAAUCGACUUGUCACAAAGCUAGAGGAUCAACGUGUCUGAAUGAAAAAAUUUGAUUGCAGUCGAUUCAGUUGAUUAUUGAUCAUUGCGUAUCUUUUGUUGACUCGCUGGGAUAUAAUUGCACUUCGUAAAUUUGAAUCGUGUCAAUCCAAAUGUAUUGCGUUUGACGAAGAAGAAGAAAAGAAAAAAUGGAAAAUACUGCAAGAUCUCUAUUGUACGAUUUACAAUGUUCUAUUUAUCUUCUUUCAAUUAUGGAGCAACAUCUAUUGUUUUUGUUGCAAUCUGAUCGAACACUUUUAUAUGGCUAAAUAUUGGAUUUUAUAUCAUGCAAACCAAGGAUUGACAUAUUUUCUAAUGGUGUGGCUACGGAGAGAAAGAUGGGUAGGACAAAUUAUGGGUUUGCAUGGGUAGACAAGAUGUCCAGGUCGAGCUUUGCACGUUUAUUUAUCUGAAAAAUACUGUUCAUCGAUGGUUUAGAUUCUGUUAUCAAUACGCAUAUAUACUUGUAUAUGCAAUGUAUAAUCUGUAGCGUUUUUGCAUAUUAGUGAACAAAUAAAAGGAAAACUUAAUAAGCAACCUC